AUCUGUGUAAUUUUUUAUAAUAAUUUAUAUUUAAAUUAUUUUUUCACAGUCAAAUUAAGCUUUACAACAUGAAUACGUAGCCUAACCGAAAAGUAGAAGCAAAAAUUAUUUAACAAGAUUUAAAAUAAUUAAAAAUAUUUGUAAUAUCAGUUUCCUUAUUAAGUAAUGGUUAUUCAUAUUCAAGUAAUUAUAAAUGGUAAUUAGAUUUGGUAUUUGUGAUUUGGUACUAUCAAUAUUUGUGAAGAUGAGUUAACAAAUAUUUUGGCAAGUGGCUAUUGCUAAAAUGGCAGAUUAUGAAAAACAAUUCCAAGAAGACCUGGAAAGAGCACAGGCUCUAAGUUUGGAAUCUUUGGCAUUGGAGCAGUUCAAAACUAAAAAGUUGCAGGAAUUGAAUAGAUCUGCUACAACCAUCAAUGUUUCCUCAAGGCCUAAACUUACAUCAGUUACCCGUGCAUCUUCUAUGAAUGAAACAGAUUCUGGUCAGAUAAGAUAUGAUAGACAGCAAAGUAAAUCAAGACCAAGACCAGGAGUACAAUCCAGUUCCGGCAAUUCGCUUCUGGCUCCUCCACCAUCAUCACAACGUAAAAAUAGCAUCUCAAAUGAUCCAGAUACUCCAGAUUUAAUUUCAUUCUCUAGUCCACCUGCUACAACAUCUACAUCCAAUGACAUCAUUGAUUUUUGCAAGCAACAAAAUUAUAACCAACAGCUGGUACUGUCCUCUUCCAUGAUACAACAGCAACCAUCCCACUUUAAAUUUUGGCCGCAAAUGGCAAUGACGCCUCCAACAUCAGCAUUUCCAUCCAACGUCCCUCCUCAAGGUCUGAUAUACCCUAACGGGAGUUACUAUCCCCCAAUAAAUAGAGUACAGUAUUCUUUGAACACUGCAAACAGUCCCAUUGUCCCACCAUCUAUUCCUUGGAGUAGUGCGUCCACACCAACCAGUAUUAACGUUAGAACUCCAAGCUCUGUAGGACCACAAUUAUCUUCGACACCUAAUUCUGGCAUCAGUACACCUGUCCAACAGCAUAGUCCUUCUACCAAUAUUGGAAGUUCUCUACAUAGACCAUCAUCGAUUCCACAAAUGCAGACACCACCCGCUCUACCGCCAAAAAAUCAACGACGACCACCUCCACCAUUAAUAGUUACUAAAAGUUCGUCAAUAUCCUCCCGGCUGUCAUCAUUAUCCGUAACUUCUACAUCAUCUGAAAAAGAAAAGAAGGAAAAAUCUCUAUUUUCUCCAAAUUUGAUAGAUUUCGCACAAUCGGACGACAAAGACAGCGUACGAGUCAGUAUAUUACAAGAAUUCGAUCCCUUGUCUGAAUCUUUCUACAGUGCUGUUAGUGCAAGAGCAAUCAGCCCAGACUACUCAGGUUCAGUUGAUGAUACCAUGUCUAUUUGUAACAGCGUUUAUGAAGAAUACGAUCCUUAUGAUUUUAUUUACUCCGGCUCAGGAAAUAAUAGUAUAUCAGAUCCCAUCUAUGCGACUGUAAAUAAACCAGAUAAUACACCUAUGUCACCAGGAAUAUCUCGAAUGUCUACAAUAGAUAGAAGAAGCUUUAAAUGCGUCAAAAGAAAUCUACUUAACAUUAUUGAACAAGUUAAUAAUAGAGCCUUGACCAAGGAUCCUGAUCUCAAAUCGUUUUAUAAUAUGGUUUAUAAUAUACGAAAACAGUAUAAGUACAAUGAUCCAGACACAAAUAUGGGACUUGUAAUAAGUCCUAUGGUAAAUUAUGAUUACAGUGAUGGAUUAAGUAUUAAGUUACAAGUACACCCAGAUUUUGAAGGAGCUGAUUUUAAUCAAGCUAUUAGCUUCACCUGUGAUGUUAAUUCAAGUGUAGAACACGUGACGAUGCAAUUAACCUAUGGCCUUGACGCCCCUGCAACCACUCAAUACACGUUAAAAGUAUGGGGCAGCAAUGAGUAUUUAGUGCCUACGACAUUCCUUAGUGAUUACGAGUACGUGCAUGACUGUAUCAAGUUGGACGAAGACGUCAUUUUAAUUUUGAUUCCGGAUUCCAAAAAAGACAAAUCAUUCGCACGAACGGUUGCAGAUGAUAACGAUGACGAAACAUUGAAGUUCGAGAACAUAAUCCCAAACGAUUCCAAUGUCCGUAUUACUUACGAAAAGUUGAAUAUAUUACUUGAGACUGUAGAAAACGAAAUGAGAAAAUUAGAAGAAGCGUCUGUACAAGUAGAAAAAAAUACUACCCCGUCUGUGAUGCCUGGUAUUCAGCCUUUAAACGUAAUUCAAUCAGUAAAAUAUAUCGUUAAUUUAAUGGGAGAUUUGUGUACUUUAGAUAUUAUGAAUACUAUAGAAGCUUUAGAAGAAACGUGUAGAAACUUUUUACCUUCAAAUAAAACGACCUUUUCGGAGUUCAUUACCAACCAUUGUAACAAAAUUCGCUUUGCGGUUCAAAAUUUGAUAGAAAUGUAUUGCCAAGCAUUUUCUGUGGACUUUGAAGUAAAAAGUACUUCUUCUAGUGAAUCUAUGAGAUACGUUCACGAUAUUAUGGACUCUGUAGUUGUAAGAAUAUGUGCUAUAUAUCGACCUUCAUUUGAAUGGGAACAUGAGGAAUAUACUGUCACAGCUCAAAUAUAUCACGGAACAAAAAAGAUCGGCAAAUCGUUAUGUACUCAGCCUGUACGCAAAUAUGACAGAGAUAAAUAUUGGCCUGCGAGGAUUGUUUUUGAUCAUUGGUUAGAAUUUGAAGAUGUGCCAAUAAAUAGUUUGGCACGUGAAUCUCGUUUAGUUGUCCAAAUAUACGGUCGAACAUUAGUUACGUCAGAUAGUGAAGAAACAAAAAACUCAAGCGCCCCCAUAUAUAAAGAGGAAGAGAUAGGAUGGGCGGCUGUCCAGUUUUUCAAUUAUGAAAGCUCAAUGAACCAAGGUAGCAUACUUCUAUCAAUGUGGCCGAAAGAAUCAAACUAUAUCAACGACCAUAUCUAUGGACCAUCACCUGCAAUGGGUAGUCAUCCAGAUCCUGAACAUUCGGUUAUAGGAAUCGAAAUUGUAGCUCCUACCAAAGUUCAGUUUCCUUCGAUGUCACCGGAAUUAUACAAUAAUGUUACCAAGGGAGAUUUUUCAAGUUUGGAUAAUGAAACGCAGCAGUUGCUUGUGGACGCAUGUGAUCAGGACUUGCUGUAUAGAUUUUCGCCAGAAAUUCGAGAAAUUUUGUGGGAGAAGCGCCAUUAUUUAUAUCACCUUCCAACGGCCCUUCCAAAACUGUUGCUUGCCGCUCACAGCUGGGAGUAUGUUCAGCUUCCAGAUUUACACGGUAUGCUACAUGCCUGGACCCGACUUAAACCCAUACAAGCUUUAGAACUACUUCUGCCAGUAUACCCCGAUUUAGAGGUUAGAAGAAUGGCCAUUCGAUGGAUUAGAGGCCUUACCAACGAUGAACUAGUAGAUUACUUACCACAACUAGUAGUAGCUUUAAGACAUGAGACUUAUGAAAAUUCGCCCUUGGCGCAAUUUCUGUUGGAUAGAGCUUUGAGGUCUCCACGAUUUGCUCAUUAUUUAUUUUGGUUGCUGUGUCACAGUUUGCCAGGGGAUUCGCCACAGAACUGUUCGACAGAAGUAAAAACUAAGGAUAUAGCUCUAGGAAUUAGUGAAUUUAGGCAUCAUAGAAGACUGAAACUAUUAUUAAGAGCUUUACUAGCUAUAUGUGGUAGAUCAUUAGGAGACUGUUUCUUGUAUCAACAAUCACUAGUAAAGAAAUUAAACGACAUUGCCGAAGAAGUACAAAAAACCAAGGAUUCUCACCGCGUUACCGUCCUACACAACGCACUGGGCCAAAUUCAUAAAGACCUCCAAGAGACACCAACUAGUUUACCACUUUCGCCGACAUUGCGUGUAAAAGGCGUAGACAUUCAAUCGUGCUCAUAUUUCCCUUCUGCGACUUUACCUUUAAAAAUCAAUUUUCUCAUGGAAGACAGUUCGUUACGAGCCGCCAUUUACAAAGUCGGAGAUGACUUGCAACAAGACAUGCUCACGCUACAAAUGAUCAGGUUGAUGGAUAAGUUGUGGUUAAGUAAAGGAUUGGAUUUGAAGAUGGUCGCAUUCACGUGUAUACCAACGUCCAGGAGAAAAGGUAUGAUAGAAAUGGUGACUAAAGCUGAAACUUUAAGAAAAAUUCAAGUGGAACACGGACUGACGGGAUCUUUUAAAGAUAAACCAAUCGCGGAGUGGCUAGCCAAACAUAAUCCAUCUGAACUGGAAUACGCUAGAGCGAUUCAAAAUUUCACUGCUUCUUGUGCUGGAUACUGCGUGAUUACAUAUAUUUUGGGUAUAUGUGAUAGACAUAAUGACAACAUUAUGUUGAAAACUUCUGGACAUUUAUUCCACAUUGAUUUUGGUAAAUUUUUGGGAGACGCCCAAAUGUUUGGAAAUUUUAAAAGGGAUCGAGCUCCGUUUGUUUUGACCUCUGAUAUGGCCUAUGUCAUAAACGGUGGUGACCGACCGACUGAAAAGUUCCAUCAAUUUGUAGAUUUAUGCUGUCAAGCCUUUAAUAUUAUUAGAAAUAAUAGAAAUUUAUUCCUCUUUUUGAUUACAUCGUCAGGAAUAUGCAGGAUAACUCCAGAAUCGAUAGCAUACAUGCAUAAAGCGUUAUUACCCGAAUCGUCUAAUCCUGAAGCGGCCGCAUACUUUACACGACUUAUAGAAGAAUCUUUAAAAACGAGAUUUACGCAAUUCAACUUUUUCUUACAUAAUUUAGCACAACUUAAGUUUACUGCAGAGAAUAAUGAAGGUUCAUUGUUAUCUUUUGUACCAAAAACCUACAGUCUGGCUACUGAUGGUCAAUUGGUCCACGUAGAAGUAGUUAACUACAGAAAGAGAUAUGAUCCAGAUAAAUAUUAUGUGUAUAUUUUAAGAGUUUACAGAAAAGAUCAAAGGCAACCGAUGGAAAUUCAAAGGACGUACAAAGAAUUUUGCGAGUUGCAUCAGAAGUUAUGUAUUUAUUUUCCCUUGGCCAAAUUACACAGUUUAUCAACAGGUUUACAUAUGGGUCGCUCAAACAUCAAACAGGUUGCUCAGAAACGCUUUCAUGAAAUAAGUCUUUUUGUGAAAUCGUUAUUCUUGUGUGCUCAUGAGAUCGCUCAUUCAGAUUUAGUGUACACAUUUUUCCACCCGUUACUGAGGGAUCAACAAUAUUCGGAGGAGUAUUCAAAGAAAGUUAAAGACCGAACUACUGGAGAUUUCCACGAAUCCGGACGUCUCAAAGGCCAAUUAAAAUUAUCGUUACAAUACAGAAAAGGAGUAUUCUGUGUUAUGGUUCAACAUGCGAGGGGAUUGCCGCGUCUAGCGAACAGUCAAGAACCUUCAACGUAUGUCAAGGUGUACUUACAGCCGGAUGCUCAGAAAAGUACUAAAAGAAAGACAAAAGUUGUCAAGAAAAAUUGUCACCCAAGUUUUAUGGAGAUGCUGGAAUAUCGGAUGUCAUUAGAAAUAAUAAAAAUGAGAAGACUGCAGGCUACCGUCUGGAAUUACGAUGCCUUACAAGAGAACGAGUUUAUGGGUGGUGUAGAAUUAGAUCUGAGUUCUUUAGAUUUAACGGAAGAAAUCAGUGAAUGGUAUUCAUUGGUAAACCUAAGCAGAUAGCAGUUGUAUCCGGCGUAAAAAUUUAAAGAUCUAUUUCAUUUACCGUCAUAUCAAAUAUGGAAUAUUUCAUUUCAUGAAUAUGGAAUAAUUAUUUUUUAAAACUAUUACUGAGUAGAUAGAGACUGUUUAUUUAUUAUUUGUAUUCGAUAUCUGUAACAGUAUUUUAUUUAAUACACUUCUCAAAGAAAUUAACACAACAUCUUAAAAUUGGGACAUUUUUGAUGUCUCGAAUAUCCUAAACUUGUCCGAUUUGACUGAUUUUUUAAUAUGUUAUAGCCUUAUUCUUUAACGGUAUCGCUGUAGUAAUGUUGUUGCUAGACAGGUAAAUGGCGUUGUAUAGCAAGUGUAACAAUCGUACUCUGUUUUUUUCUCCAAGAUAGGAACACCCUUUGGAAUAACCUAGCAUUUAUAAAAUAUUGAAAUUAAAACUCAAUUGUAGCCUUAGGCUUUCUUAACAUUUUGUUUUUUGAUUCAUUCGAUUAUGUUUGAUAAUAAAAAAGAUAUAUGCACUUUUAUAUUACAAAUGAGUAUGCUAUUUGGUAUUGAUCAAUAUCAUUCCAAAUAAUUGAUGGAUUCGACCGUUACUUAUGGGUAAUCCUCUAAGCCCAUUACUAUCAGAUAUAUUUAUGAACCAACUUGAAACAACAAUUUCUAAACAUCCCGUAUUUAAACAGUUCUUAUAUUGGUGGAGAUACGUGGAUAUACUAGUAUGCUUUACAGGAACUAACAGACAACUUGACCAAUUUCUAUCAUACAUUAAUUCACUUCAUAGUAAUAUUGAGUUUACAAUAGAAACAGAACAGAAUAAUUCCAUAAAGUUUCUAGAUGUAACGAUUACCAGACUACACAACAAACAUGAGUUCUCCGUAUAUCAUAAACCUACCCAUACUGACACAACUAUAAAGUUCGUCUAAUUUACUUACCGUUGCACGUCAUUAUUUACGUUAGAGAUCUAAGUUGACAUUGUUGCCCAUUUACAAAAAAUUCUUGAAUUCAUUUUAAAUCAAAUACAUCACACAAUUUUUGCGGAAGUGGAUUAUACAGCAAAACAAAUUAAUAUUCAAUGUAAAUAAAUAAAAACUUUAGAAAUAGAAAACAAGAAUUAAGUUAUAAUCUUACGUUAAAGUACGUAAUAAAAACAGUAAAUAUAAUGAAACAAAUACUUAUAGUAAAGAAUAUAAACAAACAUGAAGUGUCAUCACCGCAACUGUCAAAUAAAUGUUACCAAUUUAUGCCAAAAUAUCGCCUUCGUUCGAUUAUAGUUACAGUGUAUUCCAAACAAAUGUGCUUCAUAAAAACGCUUUAUAAUCCAUUUAUACAAAUUAAAUGAAACAUAUUAUUGUGCAUUUCUUUAAACAUUAAUAGAAAUCUUUAAAUAUUAUUUCUACGCGUAUAUAAUAAAAUAUGCCUAGUGGCUGUAACGCCAGUGUACUCGGCAAAGUUUCUAAAAAAGAACACACCUACCGCCUAAAUAUUUCGUGUUGGUAUCAUGUGACGUCUCGGGCUAUGACGCGGAUGACGUGCAACGGUAAGUAAAUUUGAUGGAGUAUACACAAUUCAUCAUCCCAUCCUACACAACACAAAUUAGCAGCCUACCAUAGCAUGAUACAUAGACUGAUAGAAAUUCCCAUGACAAAAAAUAACUUCGAGAUAGAACUAAACAUCAUUAAACAAAUAGCAGUAAACAACGGCUAUAACGAACAAACAGUUAACAUAAUUUUAAAUCAAAAACUCCAUAAGAAAGCCCUGAAAUUAGUGUAUCCACCACCACAGAAAGAACCCAGUACCUUCUGCUCUCUCACAUAUACUGGCAAGAUAACAACAAAAAUAGCCAGAUACAUAAAAAAGAAAGGAAUAGUACCAGCUUUCAGAACUAACAACAACUUAAGCAAAUAUAUUAAGAACAAUAAAAGCCGAAAGAGAAAGCAACUACAGAGUGGUGUGUACAAACUAACUUGUGGUGACUGUCCGAAAACGUACAUCGGUCAAACUGGCAGAACUUUUGACAAACGGAUAGCAGAACACAAAAGGGCUUUCAACAAUAGAAAAACAGACACUUCUACAUACGCACUUCACCUUCUAGAUCAUAAUCAUUCUUUCAAUGAAGAGUUUCAAAUUCUGCAUAUCCAAAAUAAAGGCCUUAAGUUAUCUUUUUUAGAAUCUAUGGAAAUUAAUAAACUGAAAAAUACAGAUGUAAUUCUGAAUGACCAACUCGAGACAAACAGCUCCCCACUCCUCAACCUCUUCAGUUAGAGACUUAAAAAGGCAAACACAUUGUAAAUUAUAUCACUUGAGAAAGGCACUCUGCCGAAACAGCUGUAGUCACUUAGUUGUAAUAAAUUUUGUGGAAGUAUAGAAAACAAACGUUUUCAGUGUUUUAUUAUUAGAUCAUUCCAAAUCUUGAGAGCUACUGUUUCUACCGCUUGUAAGGUUUUAGGAGGUGGCAAACGCUCUUGUAGUCUUCUGCCAAUUACGUCCCACAAAUUUUCGAUCGGGUUAUUAUCUGGACUAGGCGAUGGCCAAUUCAAAUUUCAAAGAUUUACCUGUUGUAAAUAUUCGGUUACAGUUCGUGCAAAAAUUUUGCAUUAGCAAAAAAUUGUUAUCAAUAUAAACCGCCGAUAGCAUGGUAGCUAAGUAAUUUGUUAUAUAAGGUUACUGCUGGAACACACAUUACACAAAUCUACUAAUUUUCACAACAAACCAGAAACUUUUUGACUGUUAACAAUUUGGCAUAUAUCAAAUUUUUAAUUUCUCAUAGCCUACUUUAGGCUUGUUUAUUAAACUAAGCCGAAAAUGAGGAUAUAUUGAUGAAAAACAUGGCUAGUUGUUAAAGUACCUAACUUUUUUAUUAUCCAACAUAAGCGAAUAAAUCAGAAAACAAAACCUGACGCUAUAGUUGGGUUUAAAUUUCAGUAUUUUAUAGAUGCUAGAAUAUUCUACAGGCUGUUGCGAACUUUGAGAAAAAGAAACAGUUUGAUUGGUACACCCGAUAUAGAAUAACAAUUUACGUGUCUAGCAACAUUCUUGAAGAAUAAGGUUAUAACAUAUUAAAAAAAAUCACUCAAAUCGGACAACAGAUUUAGAAAAUUUGCGUUAAUUUCUUGGAGAAGUAUACAUUAGUAUCCUGUUAUUUUUGAGGGUCAGUGUAUUAUCUGUCCUCGUAAACUAAGCCUUCCAGUUGUUUUGGAUGGUAAUCGUCUCUCAAAAACUGCCACAAUCAAAUAUAAGCAAAUUUACGUUGUGUAAUUAUUCAAAACUCGUAGUUUUACAAAAUAACUAUCUCCAUACUGAUACCGAUAUUGUACAUUUUAUGUGUUAAAAUUUUUACCACUUAUAUAUCAAAUAUUGCGCACAAAUAUCUAAACUAUUAGUAACAACUUUCGUCCGGUAUAUACCUAUUCGUUUUAAUAAAAUUAAUCAUACACAUUAUUAAUCAAUGAUCCCAGUGGCUAAUACAAAACAACGUUAUUUUUACAUUAAUUGAAUACUGGGACCACACAAGAAAUAUAGUUAGGUAAAGCAACUGUCUUAAAACUACCAUUAUAGUAAAAACAAUCUACAAUCAGUGGGCGUCAAACAAUUGUUACUUUAAUUUAAUUCCACGUUAUUUGAAAAGUAAAUUAUUUGAUUUCCAAUUUGCUGGAAGGGUUGACAUGGAGAGGAUAUGACAUGUCUACAUUGCUUGUCAUGGUAGCAUAAUUUGUAAGCGGGCGAUAAAUUCAGUUCUUUUUCUUCACUAUAUUUUCUGACCUUGGUAAUGAAAUCCAUAUCUUCUUUUCAACCUGGUCCUUUGGAAACACAAAGAAUCUACACAUUCCUCUUUCACUAUAGUGUUUACAAUCCGGGACAAAGGACAUUAUCAAUUUUAUUAUACAAAAUUCACAAAAGUUCCUAACCUUUGCCUGGCGAAUAUCAUUAAAAAACACCGUACUUAGCAGAAAAAGCAGCAGAGGAAGCAACAUUUCAACUUAUAGGAAUUAAAAACACUUGAAAUUAGACAAAUACUGGCUUUUCAACCUUUGUUUACAAAGUAAUAAUAACAAUAUAACAGUCGUGACGUCACACUUCGGCUGUCAGCCUUAAAAUUGCUUCCUAUUUUUCUAUAUUUAUGUAUUAUAUCAAGACAUUUUCUACCAUAUACAGUAUAUAUAGUAAAUUUUUAAUAAUGUAUUGAUACAUUAGCACAAAGUUAAUAGUAAAAUUUUAAAUAAUCUCUUAUUUUUGUUAAUCACAAUAAGAUCGUCCCAUGCGACAUCAGAGUGUACCACGUGACCAAUAAUCAUAGUAAACGCUCCCAGCGGAUUUUCGUUCAUUAUAUUGUCAUAUAUUGGAACAAUUGAGGAAAUUUAAUAGAAGUGAGAAUUUCAUUAAAAUACACUCAGGUGCAAAAAAAUCGAUCCACUGAAAAUUUGGUCAUUUUUGAUGUCUCGAAUUUCCUAAACCUGUUGUCCGAUUUAAGUGAUUUUUUUACCAUGUUAUAGCCUUAUUCAUUAGCGGUAUCGCUGUAAUAAUAUUGUUGCUAGACAGGUAAACUGCCAUUGUAUACCGGAUGUACGAAUGAAACUGUGUUUUUUUCUCAAAGUACGCAUCACCAUGUGGACUAUUCUAGCAUUUAUAAAAUACUGAAAUUAAAAACCAACUAUAGCCUCAGGUUUUCUUAACAUUCUGUUUUUAGAUUCAUUCGCUUAUGUUGGACAACAAAAAAGUUAGGUACUUUAACAACUAGCCAUGUUCGUCAUCAGUACAGGGUGUUUCUAAAUAAGUGCGACAAACAUGGCCAGUUGUUACAGUAUUUAACUUUUUUGUUAUCCAACAUAAGCGAAUGAAUCUAAAAACAGAAUAUUAAUAAAACCUGAGGCUAUAGGUAGUUUUUAAUUUCAGUAUUUUAUAAAUGCUAGAAUAGUCCACAGGGUGAUGCGAACUUUGAGAAAAAAACACAGUUUGAUUCGUACACCCGGUAUACAAUGACAGUUCACCUGUCUAGCAACAAUAUUAUUACAGCGAUACUGUUAAUGAAUAAGGCUAUAACAUGGUAAAAAAAUUGGACAACAGGUUUAGGAAAUUCGAGACAUCAAAAAUGACCAAAUUUUCAGUGGAUCGAUUUUUUUACACCCGAGUGUAGUAAACUUCCAUUCCGACGAUAUUCUUGGAUUUUUUGCAAGUAGGUAACUCCGCCAAAGGUAAUUUCUUCUCUUUCUAGAAGAAUACCUCUGCUGAUCUUUGCAUAUGUUAUGUUGAUUAAUCUUAUUUUUCGUAUUAAAACGUGUUGUGAUAUACUGGGUACUUUACUAAGACUUUUUUUUGAGAAUUGGAUUUCAUUUCAGAAAAACAAAGCUUAAAAUAUCCUUCAAAUAACAUAUUGGACGUCAGAAUCUAACUGGAGAUGUAUCUAACGAAAAAUUAAGUAACUGCGCAUGAUGCGCUUACUUUGAGUGCUCUUACUUUGUCGUUAUGCUCACAACAUACCUGUUCACCUGAAAUUUACUAUACAGGAAAUUACAAAAUUUCGUUCGCUAUUGGAAGAUAUGAAUUUCUGAACACUUACUGCUUAAAAUUUGAAACUAGUAUAUUCGAAGCACUAAAAUUGACUGAAAUGUAAUGUACAUGCAGUUCUAAAAUUUACUGAAAAGUACUCCACUUGCGGCUUUUUCUGCACGGUUUAAUAUGCAGGCCGUACAAAAAUCCAUGGCAGUAUCUUUACAUAAAACCAAAAUUUAAAAAAAAAUGAUAACCUGAUGAUGGGUUUUUACUUUGGAUAUAUGCUCUAUGUUUAAAAAGUUCAAAAGCUUCUACUAGUCCAAUAUCACUCACAUAAUGUGAAUAAUCUUUCAUAAAAAGAGUAUUAUUGUCCACUAUCAUGGUUUCUAUAAACAGUUUAAGUUUGAUUCAUAGAAAAUUUAAUAAAUUAAUAAAAACGCUUUUAAAUCCAGUAUCUUUUUUAAAUUUAUAUUAACUUUAACUCUUCGUAUUAGAACAUUUUAUUUAUACUUAUAUUCAUAUAUUUAUUUCUUUUUUACAGUUACACAUUUUAUUGUUUUGUGUUAGCCUCUCAUUUAGAAUAUAUUGUGUAUGUCUAUCAUUAUAAAAAAUUAAAAAAAGGCUGAUUUUCUAAAAAGAAAAACUUAGUGAAAUUUGAAAAGGUGCUUGUAAAAGUAAGGAAUGUGAAUGCCAAGGAUUUAAGAUUAAGAUUACCCCUUAUUAUAAAAUUUGAUGUAAUUCAAUUGAUGCAUUUAUUUUCGGUUGUAAUUUAUAUAUUCAAUGCUUCUUUAUUUAAUUCAGUUAUAUACAAUGUGGAAACCACUUAUGCAAUAUCAUUUUUUGUCUCCUUAUUUUAGAAAAUUAUAAAACACGCUGGUACCCGUCAACUUUUUAAUUCAAUUGUAUACUUUUUAAACAUAAAUUUAAAUGUAUAGGGUGAAUCACAUAAGUCUAGCAUAGUCCAUAGUCUUUAUGAAAUACCCUGUAUAUUUUUAUGUUUUUUAAAAGCUCCUUAAUAACCGGAUCUCAACGAACUAUGUCAUAUAGUGUCUAUUAUAAAAAUUACAACGUGAAAUUGUGAAAGUAUUUAUAAUUUUAUUAAUAUUAAAGACCAUUAAAAUAAACGUUCAAAAUGUUCUCCACGUUGUUUGUUUAAAGUUGGCUAUGCUGUAUGUAUUAAAUACUUCUUUCUUGAGAUAACCCCGCAGAAAAAAUCCAAGGGCGUAUGAUCUGGCGACCUAGCUGGCCACUCAAUAGUAUCUCUUCGUCUAUUCUAUUUAUUGGAGACGAUUUCGUUAAGGGUAACAAGAAGUAAGUUCUUGCCAUUAAACCCUAAUGGAGGGUUGCCGUCUCAUACUGUAACCAGACAUAUUCGUUCGGUAUUACGUUGGGAUAUAAGUUGGCCAACGCAGGAGCAAUUUUCGCUUUAAUCACGCUUAAUUAUUUUUUAUCUACAAAUUUAGGAUCAAUAAUAGGAUCACGUAUGAUACCUGCUUAAACGUUCCCCUUUUGAGAGUACUGCUCUUUUAAAAACAUAAAAAUAUACAGGAUGUUUCAUUACAAAUAAGGAUUAGCUAUUGACUAUGGUAGAUUUGCGUCAAUCACCUUGUACAUUUAAAUUUAUAUUUAAAAAUCGCACAUUUGAAUUUAAAAGUCUUCGGGUCCAACAGUUUUUUUUAUUUUUAAUCCAUGCGUGAUUUCCACACUGUAUAUAAUAUAAAUUAUAGUUAUAUAGGUAAUAUUAGCUAGUCUUACCUUUAUAUAAAAGCUAUAUCGACCUCUGAUUAAAAUUAGAAUUUUAAUCUUGAAAAUCUCUUAAAAAGCAUUAUUUAGUGCCUAAACCUACUCUUUAAUUUUUAGGAGCUCGUUGACUAACAAUGUUUUUGCCUUUAUUUGAAAAUAAUUCCACUUGUUUUUUCAUUUUCUUGUUCUUCGGUACAAGUAAAUUUUGCUCUGUCGGGCAGUUGCUGUGCUCUAGCUCCAAUAUUCAAAUAUACAUAGAUAAUGAAUCACAAAUGCCAUUUUACCAUAUUCGUCUUUAGGUGCCGUCUCCAAUAUAGGAUGGCAAUAACUUCUACGAAUUCGUCUCUGUUUUGGGCUUUCCCCAUUAAGGUUUAGGGGUCUACUCCUGUCCAUUCUUCGAUAUUACGCAGCCAUUUUAUUUUUGUCGUCUGCCAGGACCGCGUUUUCCUUCUAUUUUUAUCCUAAAUAUGGAUUGAGCUAUGGUUGUACAGAAGGAUCCUGAAGAUACCAUGGACAGACAAAACCACCAAUGAAAAAGUACUACGAAGGAUGAACACUACCGCAGAUUUGUACUCCGUACUCCGUAAAAUAUUUUUCUUGUACCAUUUUUGCUGUAGUAUUCCACAUUGACUUUACAGAUAUGUAACUCUUUAUAGUCUUCGCCAUUGCCUUUUUUCAUGUUAAAGGCGUAAUACGUUAUGGUAGUACAUCUUUCAAGCGUAAAAUUUCUCACCCGUAGGAACUCCGAAAAUUGGGUCCAAAUAGAGCUUCUGGACCUCUGCGUGUUCAAUGGGACAUUUUCCGAAACCAAUUUUUUGAUUUCUUCACCCGACUGGCAUCCAAAUCUUGAUUCUGAUUCAUUAUACUUGAAAGUUGGAUUCAUUAUACUCCGGUCAACUGACACAUCCGAGGUUACAAAAAUUGCCAUCAAGCUGAAAAUUGGCAGGAUUGUUCAAAAUACCAUCAUAAAUGAAAUCUAAAAAGUCCUCAUAAAUCCGACCCGAGCUAAAAAAUUUACGCGGGAUCAAAGGUCACCAAAUAUGGUUUUUAGCGAUUUUCAGCGAAACGGUAAGUUUUAUCAUAAAAUUAGUUUUAACAAAAAAUGUAGAUUAGAUAAUUAUCAAUAAAAAAUGUCUUAUUACUUUUUUUUCUAAGAGCCACCGUUUUUGAGAUACAACGAUUCAAAAAGUAGUUGUAAUCGUCAUAUUACGUUUCCACUUCCACACCACCUUUGAGGUAGUGUACUUAGCGCGUUUUUUUUAACGUGGUUUUCCCAGUAGGCCUAUUCCACGGAUCUGUUAUGAUUGUGUUUAAUUUGAAGCUAUUGAAUAAUUGAUAUUAGCAAGGGUUACAAAUAUAUAUAAUAGCAAAAAUAUAUAUGAUUGUUUAAUGAAAUUUAUCUGUGAACAGUGAACCUCUAAACUUUUAAUCCUGAUAAUUUGAUAUAUUAUGUACAUAUGAAAAAAGAAGAAGAUGUAUAAUGGAAAAAUAUGGUGAGCAACUUGGACAGUCCAUAGCGGCCAGCUGCAGCUUUUGAACUGAGUAGAGAGCUGUGGAAGAGUUUGCUAUGGAACUCUAAGGACCUCAUUGCCUUCUUUAUGUAUGAAUAGAAAACAAAAAGUUGUGACUGGCUAAUUGACACCCAAGUCUAUGCCAUAAAACAAAAAAAAAACAAAAAAAAAAUGAUAAGUUAUAAAAAGCGGUAUAAAUUAAAAAAAAAAGGGAAAUUUAUCCAACUGGUUUCAUAAUUUUCUAAUACUUCUGCUUCCUCUUCUCCUUGUUUUUCUUCUUCAUCUUCUUGUUCAUCCUGGGUGCAAGUAAAUUGCCCCAAUAAUGACACAUCGCAUGGCUCCUCAAUAGAAUCAAAUGAAUCCUCAAUUGUUGGUGAUUCAACAUUGGAGCACGACCGGUUUUGACAAUUAGUGCAUGCUACCUAACAAAACAGUCCAACUUUUUUGCAACCACAUUUAGCGCUACAUCCCUUUUUACAGUUGCAAAAAAUUGUGUUCAGGAGUUUUUCCGGCGCAGGUGGGAGUAAAGUUUGAAAUGGUUCUAAUGAACUAUCGACUAAUUUUCAUCACCAGUCUUUUUGAUCUAGCUGAUAACCAAGCCACACUUGUUGGUAAUAUACCCGAAAAAGAUGCUGAUGAGCAGCCGCUGAGGUUGGAGGAAGACAAGAAAACUGCACUUGUUUUUUAUUUCGAGUAUUUUUAAAGAAAUAUGCAUAUCGAAACUUAUCUAAGCACAUAGUUUUUUAGGCGCUCAAUACAUAGAGAGAAGAAAGCUAAUUCCGUUGGAAAUAACUUCGUGUGGAGUUGAAUUAUUUUUUUUAAACUUCAGCACAUUCAAGUAAUAUAAUUAGGUUUAAUACAUAUUUUCACUCCGGAGUAGUACUCAAGACUAUAAUUAAUACCUCGAGGGUGUUACCUACCUGAAGGAUUUCACCACCCACGAAGAUAACGGUAUAAUUUGCAUCAUAGUAAACAAACUAAAUUUGCAUAAAGUUUAUUGUAUAUUGAAAUGUUUAUUAGUACUUAGCAAUAAAAAUUUUGCCUAGAAAGUUGGCUUUCAUUAUUAUGUUCAAACCCUUCUGAGAAAAGCUAUUUUUGUUGGGAAUAAGCCGUAAAAUUGAAAUAAUAAUUCUUAUUAUUUUCGCGUUAUAUUCACUUUGUAAAGAUUGUUUGUUGACACUGUAAUAUAAUACAGCUUAUAUAUUGCAUCCCUCGGUAGACCGCAAGCUAUGUAGUAGAAACAUUAUCAUUAUUUAUAUCUUAUAUUAUUAUGUGUAAUAUAAGUUAAGUUGACCGAUAGAAUAUUAUGUUUACUUGUAUUACAGCUUCAGUGAUGUAUACACGUGGUGUACUAAUAUGUACAUAUUAUGACGAUUGGAACUCUUUCAACUCUUUGAAUCGUUGUAUCUCAAAAACUGUGGCUCUUAGGAAAAAAGUAAUUCAUUUUCAUUUCAUUUAUGAUGGUAUUUUGAACAAUCCUGCCAAUUUUCAGCUUGAUGGUAAUUAUUGUAACCUCACUCCUAUUUUUGAGUCUAACUAGACCGGUCUAUUAUAUCUGUCCAAAAUUGAUUACGCCUCGAUGACGUUUGCCAAACUGACAACAAUAGAAUUACCGGACACCUUCGUGACGGAUCUGUCAUAAUUUUGUAUUUUGUCGCUGAGAAAUCACGGGCAGGAAGGAGUUUUGUCAGUAGGAAACGUGGCGUUAUAUCAGUUAAAAAUAGUCUAGUAAAAUAGUGACUUAAAAAUUUGCUACCUACAUAUUAGUUUAUUUCGACUUAUAAAAGUGGUUCAUCCAUACCCUCAUCAAAAAAUUGUGACGUCGUUUGAGAGUAAAACGUCCAUCGGAUGACGCUUAUGGUGCUCUAAGAUAACUUAA